UUUACACCGGCGGCCCUGCGGCCGGGUUCCUUCCGCGGGACGGGUGAGGGCGCUGGGUCCUGGGUCGCGCGGGCUCGACGUCUGUUGACUAGUUAGCUGGUCCCGUGGGAGCGGUGGGGUCUUUACUCAAAAGGGAGAAAGAGAGAGCGCGAAAGAGAGAGGAUGUCUCUCUCAGAUUGGCACCUGGCGGUGAAGCUGGCUGACCAGCCACUUGCCCCCAAAUCUAUUCUUCGGUUGCCAGAGACAGAGCUCGGGGAAUACUCACUGGGAGGCUAUAGUAUUUCAUUUCUGAAGCAGCUCAUUGCUGGCAAACUCCAGGAGUCUGUUCCAGACCCCGAACUGAUCGAUCUGAUCUACUGUGGCCGGAAGCUAAAAGAUGAUCAGACCCUUGACUUCUAUGGCAUUCAGCCUGGGUCCACAGUCCAUGUUCUGCGCAAGUCCUGGCCUGAGCCUGAUCAGAAACCAGAACCUGUGGACAAAGUGGCUGCCCUGCGGGAGUUCCGGGUGCUGCACACUGCCCUGCACAGCAGCUCCUCCUACAGGGAGGCGGUCUUUAAGAUGCUCAGCAAUAAGGAAUCUCUGGAUCAGAUCAUUGUGGCCACCCCAGGCCUCAGCAGUGACCCCAUUGCUCUUGGGGUUCUCCAGGACAAGGACCUCUUCUCUGUCUUUGCUGAUCCCAACAUGCUUGAUACGUUAGUGCCUGCUCACCCGGCCCUGGUCAAUGCCAUUGUCUUGGUUCUGCACUCGGUGGCAGGCAGCACCCCGCUGCCGGGGGCCGACUCCUCUUCCCGGGGCAUGCCCUCCAGCUCGUACCGGGAUAUGCCAGGUGGCUUCCUGUUUGAAGGGCUCUCUGAUGAUGAGGAUGACUUUCACCCAAGCGCCAGGUCCACGCCCUCGAGCAGCACACCCGGCUCCCGCCCAGCUUCCCUGGGGUACAGUGGAGCUGCCGGGCCCCGGCCUAUCACCCAGAGCGAGCUGGCCACCGCCCUGGCCCUGGCCAGCACUCCGGAGAGCAGCUCUCACACGCCAACUCCUGGCACCCAGGGCCAUUCCUCAGGGACCUCCCCGGUGUCAUCCGGCGUCCAGUCAGGGACGCCCAUCACCAAUGAUCUCUUCAGCCAAGCUCUCCAGCAUGCGCUGCAGGCCUCCGGGCAGCCCAGCCUUCAGAGUCAGUGGCAGCCCCAGCUGCAGCAGCUGCGUGACAUGGGCAUCCAGGAUGAUGAGCUGAGCCUGCGGGCCCUGCAAGCCACUGGCGGGGACAUCCAAGCGGCCCUGGAGCUCAUCUUUGCCGGAGGAGCCCCAUGAACUCCCUGCUCCUCCUGAGCCCCCAGCAAACUGCCAAGGCCACUGCCCAUGGGAAGCACUCUUGAAGGUGCCCCAUCCCUCCUCUCCCCAAUACACCUGAUGGUCGACCUUC